CUCGGAAUAGUAUAGUUAAACACUAACUAGUCAUGUCUGAUUCAGAGAAGGAAAACAUGUCAGAAAAGAUGGAUAACGGAGAAUUGACAGAGCUGCAAGUACGUUAUGAUACAUUGAAAUCUCUGUCAAGUCAAGUUCUUGUACAGUAUGAUGACCUGCUUUAUAAAUUCCAAGAAAAUGAAAAAGCGUACAACAGCGUUGUACACAGACUGAAGCUCAGAGAAAGCCAGCUAAAAGAGAUGAAGAAAUUGAUACAGCCCGCCAUAUCUGAGUAUGAAAGAAUGAAGAUGAAGUAUGAGAUUGAAUUCGACUGUAGGACUCAAGCUGAGGUGUUAGCUACUAAGAUUUCCACCCAGAACAAAGAGCUCAAGCGACAGUCUAAAAUGUUACUAGAGCUUCAGGGACCUAAUCCCCCAGAUAUCACACAGAUGAACCUUGAUCUUGAUGAGAAAGAGGACUCCAUUGAGGACUUCCGAAAGGAGCAGGCAGAGAUAAUUCAGAAGCUAGAAGAGGAGCUAGUCACAGUCAAAGAAGAGUUGUCUUCCCUUAGAGAGGACCUGGCCAUUGAGAAGGAACAUUCCAAUAAGUGGAAGCACAAGUUUGAGGAAAUGAAGGAGAGCCGGGCUGAAGCUGAGAUAGUGGUGGAGCAGUACAAGGAAGCCAUGAUGGAACUUGAGAAAGUGUCUGAGGGAGCAGUGAGGGAGUAUGAAGCAUUGCAGCAGAGGUAUGAGUUAGAGCAGCAGUGUCGCAGUGGAGCAGAAAAGUUUGCUACCGAGAUUCGAAUUCAGAAUGAGGCAAUGAAGAAACAGAGUAUGAUCCUCCUGACAGAAGCAGCGUCUGAUCCCAAACUGAUGAUGGCGCUGGCAGAGGUGGAACAGCUUACCCAGGAUUUAGAAACCCAGAAACAGAAAUAUGAGCAGGAGAUUAAGGAGCUGAAGGAGAAGGCUGAGGACAUCGUGGUGGAGGAGCCAGAUAACUCAGCUUUUCUGGAGGAGAUCAGCAGGCUAGAGGACCGGGUCAAACAGUUUGAGGAGCAGUACAAUGUACUGCAGGAAAAAUACAAAGCCUUGGAGGUGAAGUUUGAGGAAGCAACAAGACCCCCACCCCCUCCUCCUCCUCCCCCACCCCCAUCACUGACCACCAAAUCUAAAGGAUUUCUGUCUCGACUGAAGAGAGACGGAUCAAAGAAAAAGAAAAAGCCAGCUGCUGGUGCUUUGCAAAAUCCAGCAAUGAAUGACAACUUUUCAAAAGCAAUGAGUGAAAUGAUGGAACGUAUCAACAGUGGGAAGCCAUUAACGUCUAGUGGACGCACAGUCAAACGUAGGGGAUCUAAAUCCAGUACAGGUGCACUAGGAUCCGUGUCGGAGGAGCCCUCAGAGGGAGGCACUGAGGAGACAGGGGCCAUGAAAGAAUUAAACAACAUACUAAAAAAGAUGAAACGUACCCAGAGUGAAGCUGAUCUCUUAAACAUGGGUGGUGGCCCCAAGGGCGAUGAAUCAACACCAGACAUACCCAAGGAACCUGCCUUCAAGUUCUCUCUUAAAAAAAGAGCACCUGUUGAUUCUGGAACUCCAGAAAAAGAGAAGGAGAAGCCCGAAUUCCUGACCGCUAAUUUCAAGUUGAAAGGGGGCCGUUUAAAGGAGCUUCUCAACCCAGGGGAAGAAGACAAUAAAUAGAACUGGUCAAAUCCUAUGUAGCUGAGUGUCAAGAUUGUACGAAAUAUAAAUAUGAUUAAAACAAACACUAGAUAGCGGAACAGUUGCUGUUUAACAAAUGAAUAUUAAUAAGUGUUGACCAAUAUUUUCUAAAGUAAUACUGUGAGAAUUGAUCAAUAAUGCUUGGUACUUUUUGUUCUUCAUAUUCUAUAAUUUAUUUACAAUGCUCUUCUGAGAGAUGGUUGAAAAUUGUUUCUCACUGCUUCAUACUUUUGUAAAUUGUUGAGUUAACUUUUUAAGGACGUCAAUAAAAGACAUAACUUUAA